AUGAGCUUUAUCCACAUGCUUCAUCAGGAGGGGAGUUGGAUGGGACGGAAACUUGUGAAUGCAGGCAUGGAUGAGAAGCGUAAUGGUGUUGUUGUAAGGAAGUCAAAUAGCAUGUCACAGGGUGGUGGUGCUCAUGUGUCUGCUAGAAGUACUUCGGCAGACCAAUAUCAAGGGAAAAAAAGGGAGGAGUUGGAAGUUUUAGGUGUUAAGAACACAAACGAUGGAAACUCUGAAGCACCACACCUGCAGCCACCUCCUUUGAUGACCGAAAAGCAUGGAGAUGUGUAUAGCUUAGCAAAUACGGACGAUGUGCUAUCACCUGUCAGUGGGAAGAGCUCAAAGCAUAGCUCACCUAAGUCAGUGAGAAAGGUCUUCCAACAUGACGGCAUGCAUCUCGAUGAAGACGACAAGUGCUCUGCUACUUCCCCAACUGCUGCAUCUGUUCGGACUAUUAAAUCUAUCACUGUUGGCACAGCUCCGACUUUUAAAUCUGCUGAACGUGCCCAAAGGCGGAGGGAGUUCUACACAAAAUUGGAGGAAAAACAAAAAGCUCUAGAGGCUGAGAAAAACCAGGCUGAGGCCAGGACCAAGGAAGAGCAACAAGCAGCCAUCAAGCAGAUGAGAAAGAACAUGGUCUUUAGAGCAAACCCAGUACCCAAUUUCUACUACGAGCCGCCUCCACCAAAGGUUGAACUGAAGAAGCUGCCAUUAACACGGCCAGUAUCACCGAAGCUAAACCGGAGAAAGAGCUGUGGAGAUGCUGCAGUGAACACAUAUCAGGAGCAACAACAGGUCAACAAGCAUUGUGUCAAGCAACGCCACAGCCUCGGCAACCAUGCCCAUAAAGAAUCCACAUCUGGUGCAAGAGCCAGGACUCGUACCAGCAGCAGUGGACAGGCGGCAAAUGGUAGCAGCCACAACAACAAGGCGAAUAGUCAUUCCGGGUCAGAACAACAUCAUGUAAUUACUACUACUACCACCACCACUACCACAAAUGCUACUCAGAAUAUGGCUGGAGAGCAGCCAAGCGCCAACAUCUCUGUUGAGUCAUGA